AUGGGUGCUAAUAUAGCUGCAUAUUCUCAUCGACAGAGUAGUUUUAAUAUUGGUAGACGUAAAAAAACGAAUAGAGAUGGACAAUUGGAUGCAUUACUUUCAAGAAGUCUUCAACAUCCUCGAUCAUUAGAAGAAAUAAUGAAAUGUACACGUUUUUCAAAAUCUGAAAUUCGACUUCUCUAUCGAAGUUUUAAACAAGAAUGUCCAAGUGGAAAUGUCAAUGAAGAAAGAUUACGUGGAAUUUAUUUACAAUUUUUUCCACAAGGCAAUGCAAGUAAAUAUACUCGUUACCUAUUUUCAAUGAUUGAUCGAAAUCAUAAAGGAACAUUUACAUUUGAUGAUUAUAUUCUAACAUUAUCUGUUCUAUGUCGUGGUACAAUUGAUGAAAAAUUACGAUGGAUUUUUCGUUUCUAUGAUAUGCAUGGUGAAGGUCAUUUGACACGAACAAAUCUCGGUGAAAUCCUUUUAUCACUCAGCGAACUUCUCGGUUCAUCAGGUCAUACACCUGUUAAUGAACGUGAACUUCAAAAACAUGUCAAUGAAAUAUUCGAUGAUAUUGAUCCAAUGCACAAUGAACAAAUAACAAUAAAUGAUUUUAUUGAUUACUGUAAACGGCGGCCACAAUUGAUUGAGUCAAUUCAAGAAUUGUCAUGCUGUUUGUAA